GAUUGGUUCUAAACCCAUAUCCGGUGGGGCAGCGGUCCAAGUUUUUGGAAAAAUCGAAGGGAGGUAUUUGGUGAGCUUGUGGAAAUAACAUCCAAAACCGAGUUAGUGUCAAAGGGCUCGCCAAUWAUUUGCGGAUUCUUUUUAGAGGCCAGAGUUCGCCAGUUCACCAGGUCGUAGCGGAGCAGUAGUGCGUCUUCAAUCGUGAUGGCGUCGGGCAGUACGAGCAGCGAGGAGGAGAGGAGUCUGAGGGAGUGUGAGCUGUACGUGCAGAAACACAACAUCCAGCAGCUGCUGAAGGACUGCAUCGUCCAGCUGUGUACCUCUAGGCCUGACAGACCCAUGGCCUUCCUCAGAGAGUACUUCGAYAGGCUGGAGAAGGAGGAGGCCAAGCAAAUCCUGAACCAGCAGAAGGCCAGCAGCCGUUCUGACUCCCGGGAUGAGGAGGUGUCUCCUCCCAUGAAUCCUGUUGUCAAGGGUCGGCGGCGGAGAGGAGCCAUCAGUGCUGAGGUCUACACAGAGGAGGAUGCUGCAUCCUAUGUCAGAAAGUUCAUUCCUAAAGACUACAAAACAAUGGCUGCCCUAGCUAAAGCUAUCAAAAGGAAUGUGCUUUUCUCUCACUUGGAUGACAACGAGAGGAGCGACAUCUUUGACGCCAUGUUUUCAGUUACCUACAUCACUGGAGAGACUGUUAUUAUGCAAGGUGARGAGGGAGAUAAUUUCUACGUCAUCGACCAAGGAGAGACGGAUGUGUAUGUGAACAACGAGUGGGUGACCAGUAUCGGGGAGGGGGGCAGCUUCGGAGAGUUGGCCCUGAUCUACGGGACCCCCAGGGCUGCCACCGUCCGAGCCAAGAGCAACGUCAAACUGUGGGGCAUCGACAGAGACAGCUACAGGAGGAUACUCAUGGGAAGCACUUUGAGGAAGAGGAAGAUGUACGAGGAGUUCCUCAGCAAAGUUUCCAUCUUAGAGUCUCUGGACAAAUGGGAGCGUCUGACGGUGGCUGACUCUCUGGAGCCGGUGCAGUUUGAUGACGGACAGAAGAUCGUGGUGCAGGGAGAGCCUGGCGACGAGUUCUUUAUCAUACUGGAGGGUUCUGCAGCUGUGUUGCAGCGUCGCUCUGAGAACGAGGAGUUUGUGGAGGUUGGGAGAUUACAACCGUCUGACUACUUUGGUGAGAUUGCCCUGCUGAUGAACCGUCCCKGUGCUGCCACUGUGGUCGCCCGCGGUCCUCUGAAGUGUGUGAAGCUGGACCGACCACGGUUCGAACGCGUCCUAGGGCCCUGCUCGGACAUUCUCAAACGCAACAUCCAACAGUACAACAGCUUCGUUUCACUGUCUGUCUGAGGGGUUUCCCCACCCCCUGUACCCCCUAAUCCCCUAUGUAACCCCUCCCCCCUUUCUUUUAGACCCAGGGUCCACCAAUGCAAUUUUGCUUCAAUGUCAAUUAAUUAGAUCUUCCGUUUGCUUUAGCUUUUUUUUUUACUCAUAUUCAUUUUAUGCUACCCAUCAGCUAGCCAUCCUAGUCACCCAUACAGGAACAGUUAUGUUACAGUUUGUUACAUAUACCAGCUUCAUACACUAUGCUUUCACUGCAUUCACUGAAAUAUAUAUAUAUAUAUUUUUAUUUUUUAUUUUUUUACUCUAAUUUAAACAUGAACGGUGAUUAGUGGGGGAUUGGCCGAGGUUAGGACAGGCCAAUGAUAAGAUGGGACAAUCAAACAUGGUGAAGUAAGGAU